AUGGAUAUUUCUCAGAAGGAAAAUGGUAAUGUAUCUGAGGAACUUCAACACUUCCGAGUUUUUAGUAUCAACCGUGACAUAUGCAGAAGUCGUUACAGAGACUCUAUCGUGAUCACCGAUAACACGCUGUGUUCUGGCUGGCUUGAUGUCGGCAGCCGUGAUCAGUGCACACGUGAUUCAGUUGUUGCCACCGCCUGCCUGAGAAUCAUCGGUGGAACUGUAACUACUAUCGAAAAAUACCCUCCAACAGCUGCAGUUCUUUUGAUCGGUUAUUUCAGUACUAACCAAAUUUGUGGUGGUAGCAUAAUUAAUCAAAGACAUAUACUCACAGCCGCUCAUUGUUUUACGUUUACGCUUAAUGCCGGUGUAUAUCUAAUCCGCGUAGGUUCUUCUAUGGCUCACAGCGGUGGCACUACCCAUCACAUCGACCGUAUAAUCCUUCACCCUCAAUGGAACACAAGGACAGUUGACAAUGAUGUUGCUAUCAUGCGUACAACAACUGCUAUUACAUACGGUAUAACAGUGCAACCAGCGAAUUUAGCAGAAAGUACAUAUCGUCUCCUAGACAACGACUCUGUUUGGGCGGUGGGAUGGGGUCUUACAUCAGUAAGUACUACAUGA